AUGAAAGCUCUGAAAUGUUUCUCUUCAAACUUCUUCACUGGAUGCUCUUCUGUACCCUCCUCUAGAAAGUUCUUCUGUAAGAUUUCUCUCUCCACUGACUAUCAACUUGGAUUUAAUCUAGAAGUCACCAACAUGAAUAAUCUCAAAUCAGAUGACGUGGAACUCGGAUUGCAGAAGUUCAAAGCGAGCAACGAGAGGAUAAUCCAUCGUUUCCAACGUCUUCUUCUCCAAAUUCUCUCCCGAAAAAAACAGAAAAUCACUGAAGAAUUGGAUCUACAUGGCCCCAUUGUGUAG